AUGGAUUAUAAUACACUUUCACCAAACACCAUCGAUAAUUUAGUUGCCUUUAUUGAAGAUCCCACCUCGGGCACUGGCAGCGGAACUAGCACCACCGCAGAUUUAUCUAGUGUUAUGCCAUACGCGAUUACUGACACGAUUACCGACUUGAGCGUAGGUGUGUCACUAGGAAACUCUCUACUUGGAGGUUUUGAUGUUUUGGAUAGUAGUACCACCAACACAACAGGCGGUCUAAAAAAUGUGCAGUCGAUAAACUCACAGCAGCUGCCUCCUCAACAAUCGCAUUUACAAGAUGGUUUUCCGCGUGAGGAAUUCAAGUUUUUACCGAAAAUAUAUGAAUUAUUUGAUGCUUUUGACCCGGAAAAGGACAAUAGGUCACAAGUUCACCAACUGAUGGAAAAAUUAAGGCAUCAAUUUGAGCGUGGUCGUAAUAUUCUUGAGAAUUUACCAGGUGUUGAUUUAGUACGGGAACAGCAAGAUCGAUUGAUUCACAAUCAGAAAGAAUAUCUACUAAAAAGAAAGGCUCAACGUCAAAAAUACUUGAAUCUCCCUUUACUAAAAAAUACCUCCGGACCACGUGCCACUCACCACAGGAGCUUGUCAAAACUGAUUGAUACACGAGCAGACGACAACGGUGGCUCCAGCAUAUAA